AUGGCUGCCGGUUUCGAUCCAUCAAUGUCAAUCGGCCCUGGCCGCCAGACCAUCGCCCCCGUUGGCCCCUCCGCCGCCGACACGCUGCCCAGCAUCGACUUUGGGUUCGACGAUUUGCGCGAGCGCAUGGCCAAGUUUACGGCCAAAUUCGAUGCCUUUAUAGAGCAGGGCCGCAAACGUGUCUUGGAAGAGCGCAAUCAGUUCCGCGUCAACAUGGCCGAGCUUCAAGAGGAUGAACGCAUGCGACGGAGGGAUAUUGAAAUUGCCCAAGUCAAGAUGUCGACGUACCAGCAAACCAUUGAGAAGGAAGAAGCCGAGAAGCGCGAAAUGGAAGGCUCAAUAUCCUCGCUCGCCGCCCAGCGCGACAGCCACAUCGCCGCCCGCGACAGCCUCAAGGCCCAGAUUGCCGAGACCCAAGCUGAGAUAGACUCUCGACUGGCCGCCCAACGCGCCUACAUGAAGCAGAAGGAGGCGCAGCUACGGUACAACGUCCCCGAGCUGGACUUUUGGAUCACAAACCUGUGUCUGCGGAUUGAGGGCGCGGGAAAAGACGACCGGCUCAAGUUCGUGUACACGCAUAUUGACGAGAAGAACUGGGAGCGCGAGGCGUGGUUCGAGCUGGUGACUAGCUCAAGGGAUUACGAUGUGAAGCAUUGCAGGCCCAAACUGGAGCGGGAGAGCGUCGAGAGGGUGCUGGAUAAGGUGAACGAGUCGAGGGAACUGGUUGUGCUGCUGAAGGGAAUGAGAGAGCUCCCUUUCGCCAUGCCCAAACCCGACAAACACGUCGCGGCCUCUCAAGCCGUCGACAUUCUCGAAGAAAUCUCAACCAUGCUAAACUGCCACAUGGACCGCCGCAUGCUGUCCACAUGCAUCUCAUUAAUCGAGCAAGGCGUCCAUCCAGAAUCUCUCGUGCAAGUCAUCAAGGAGCUGCGUGAGAUUGCCGAUGACACGCGCCGGGAACAGCAAGAGGCCGCCGCCGCUAAUAAUCGGUGA